GGCUUCUCACACUUCUUCACGCAAUGUGUUCGACUUAAUAGUGACACACAGUGACACCUAGUGGUGACCACAAUACUAUGCAGCUUCUGACAAUGACCACUAGAUGGCGGUAAAUGGUCAAACACUGAUAUCAAGCUAAGCAUGGUAGUCGUGUCCGGAAACAUCCGGUAGAUACUUUCAAAACAAUAGAUUUAUAAUAAAAACAAGUACUUUUCUGUAUUUCUGUAAUAAAUAUGAUUCGGUUAUAAAUAUAAGAAAUACUGAUGUCAUGUAUACAAAUUAUCUAUGUACUUAAUAUUACAACAGAAGUGAAACUCAUGAUGAUGUUUUAACGAUGACGCUGGAUUUUGACGCCCCAUACAAAGGCUUUUACGGUAAAAAAAACAAACCCCAAACAACCUGCUAACCCGUAUCAAGUGAGGACAUCGACAUUCGGUUUCCAAAAUAAAGCAAUAAUAAUGUGAGACUUUUAUGCAGUUGCUCCAAGUCCAGUUAUUAGGUCGUAUAGAUGUGAGUAUGUUCAUUAUUAUUUUUUUCAUUCAAAAAUAACGCGCACUCGAGAGAUACAGGGCGCUAGUUGUUUUAUUGUGAAAACUGGAUGUCAGCUUGAUUGGUUCACAAGCUUACCGUAAAAAUCGUUGUAAGGAGGCAUUACAAUUCAGCGUUGGUUACUGGUCAAAGCAACACACACACACACACCGGAAUUUUAACAUACAAGGAAAGCAGAUUGAAUUAACACAUGCAUUUACAUUGCAGUAAAACGUAUGUACAUUUGCGCAGCACGGAACGGAUGUGUAAAGAGUGUGAGUGUUGAAAAUGAUUGCCUCAUAUUGUAGAUAAAGGCUCUUGGGCAGCAAUAUGAUCAUUCGAGCUUUUAUUUUUGAGAAAUGUAAGCGGAAGUUUUGUUGUCUGUUGUGGCCGUGUUACUUUUACAGAAGUAACGGAACCGGGGCCGUGCCGGUACGGCAGGUAGCCAAAAAGUUGUUUUUUAGUCGGAACAAGGUUUUGCCUCCUGUGUUGCGGGUGUAAAAGUGUGUCAGACCAACAGAAGAAGUAUAAUUAAAAUACAAGUAAGCAAGAGUACAAUAGCAGAAGAAGACGUAGUAGAAGAAAAAGAAGGAGUCGUAGAACCGGAGAUAAAACUUUAUUUCACCGUGCGUCAUGAUUUCUAAACACGGGCCGCCGCCGACUGACAGGGUAAACUUUAGGACCAAAACCGUCGCUGAGACGAACUGGACUUUAAUGGAGACGGAAUAACGGGGUGAAUGAAGACAUGAAUUUCGGAGUUCCCCCAGAUUCGCUGCUACUUUUCCGUGCCUGCGACGAAGGCGACUAUGAGACGGCCCGGGGAAUCCUCGAGCCUGGAGCUCCGAAAGAGUCGGGGCGCCAGAGCAGGCUGCGGUCAGAAGUGGGGUCGGAGUGCAGCGCCGCGGAUAUGUUGUCGCUGGUACCGGUGGACUGCACGGACGAGGAGGGCAAUACCGCCUUGCAGUUUGCCUCUGCCAGCGGGCACGAGAACCUGGUCCGGUUUCUGCUCCGGAAAGGAGCCUCGGUGGACAGCCGCAACAACUACGGUUGGACCCCGCUGAUGCAGGCUGCGAGGUUUGGUCACUUGACUGUUGCCCACAUCCUGCUGGAGAAUGGGGCCGAGAUUAACGGACGCAACAGGCUGGGCGCGAGUGUCCUGACUAUGGCGGCUCGUGGUGGACACACACAUGUAGUCAAACUCCUCUUGGAGAGUGGUGCCUUUGUGGAUGACUACGAUCACCUGGCUGUCACAGCAGAUGCGGUCUCCAAUGGAAACAACAGCAAUAGCUGCAGCACGGCUGGUUUUGGAGGUGGUGAGGUUUGUCCUGAAUUGGGCAGCAUCAGAGAGUUUAUGGACAUCACAGCUCUAAUAGUGGCGUCACAGCAUGGCCAUGAGGCCUUAGUGCGCCUGCUGCUGGAGUGGGGCUCUGAUGUCAACUUUUCCCAGAAGACCACAGGCUGGGGACCACUGAUGGCAGCCACACUCAGUGGGAAGGUGGUUGUGGCUCAGCAGCUGGUAGAACGUGGAGCUGACCCAGACCGAGUCAACGUUCUGUCCAAGACGGCCUUUGAACUCGCCCUGCAGCUGAAACAGAGAGACAUCAAGGCCUAUCUGGACUCUAUCACCACAGUCCGACCGCAGACAGAUGAUGAAAGAAAAAGACCAGAUGUGUUCAGUGCCCUCAAGUUGGGAAAUUCCCAGCUUGUUAAAGAGAUCUUGGAGGAGGAUCCCACCCAAGUGAAUUCCUCCAAUCAAGAGGGAGCGUCACCUCUGAUGAUAGCAGCGGUGAGCGGCCAGUUAGAAGUGGUCCAGCUCAUGGUGGAGAAGAAUGCAGACAUAGACAAACAAGAUGGCGUUCAUGGCUGGACUGCACUAAUGCAGGCUACCUAUCAUGGUAAUAAAGAUAUUGUUAAAUACCUGCUAGAUCAGGGAGCUGAUGUCAACCUUCGAGCUAAGAAUGGAUACACGGCGUUUGAUUUGGUUAUGUUGCUGAAUGACCCAGACACUGAGCUGGUGCGUCUGUUAGCAUCGGUGUGUAUGCAGGUAGAUAAGGACAAGUCAAAACACCGUGGCAGAGCAUUCAUGACUCGCUCCAAAAGUCGCCAGUCCCUCAACAACAUUCCUGUGCCACCUGAUGACAAGGGAGGCCUUAAGUCCUGGUGGAGUAGGAUGUCAAAUCGGUUUCGCCGGCUUAAGUUGACGCACACCCUGAGGCAAGGCCUCUCGUCCAAUCGCCUGGCCCCAUUCCCUGACGAUGCUAAAACGUCACUGGAUGCCACAAUGAAGGCAAAUCGAAAGCCCGGUGCCGUGCCUAAUGGGGCGCUGGCACCGACGCCUCCACUGGGAGGGAGCGACUUUAACACGAGCUGGGCUGUCAAGACCAAAGAAGCUGGUGUUUGCAGGUCAUCAUCAGAAAAAGAAGACUUCCUCAUAACCACUUUGUUGAGAAGCGGUGCACCCUUGACCCGGCUUCCCAAUGACAAGCUGAAAGCAGUGAUUCCUCCCUUUCUGCCUCCAUCCAACUUUGAGCCGUGGAACUCGGACCGUUCGCGUCUCCUCAGGGAAGGGAAGAGUGAAGUGCCUCGUCUGCCCAUGCCGCCUCAGAGGAAACUCAACAGCAGUGGAAACUCUGACAUUACGUCCAUCAGUCGUGUGGUCAGCAGGUCCAUAAAAUUUCCCAGCAUUCCCAAGGGGCCGUCCUCCUCCUCGCCUUCUAACUCUGGUCACUACCACUCCCCCCACUCUUCUGGUGGCUCCAAUGGAGUGGCGGGGGUCAACCGGGACUCUCACAACCGUUCAGGCGGCAGUGCAGACAGUGUUCUUUCCCAGAUAGCAGCCCAAAGGAAGAGAGCAGCUGGCUUAAUAGAUGGGAAGGUCCAAGCUCCAGAGAAGCAGCACAGCCCGACACAGAGCCAACCCCAACCCUCUGUCCCAGCAUCCAGCCUGCCACUGCCUGAUAUCAGCCUCCCUGAUAUCCACACCCACUCAAGUCUGGUCCACUCUGAAAUCCACUCAAGAAGGAAGAUGGAGUUGAAGAAGAGACCUCAGUCAGGGAACUCGUCCACCUCCAAGAGCACGUCGCCCACACUGACCCCGUCUCCUUCACCCACGCCAAAGGCUGCCACUGGGCCAGGGGACUCUCUGUCUUCAGCCUCCUCCCAUCCUCGCUCCAAGAGCAGUGGAGGUUCCAGCAGUGGGACCAUCACUGAUGAGGAUGAGCUGUCUGGUAUCUUGAAGAAACUGUCGCUGGAGAAAUACCAGCCCAUUUUUGAGGAACAGGAGGUGGACAUGGAGGCAUUUUUGACUCUAACGGAUGGAGACCUGAAGGAGCUGGGCAUUAAAACGGAUGGACCCAGACAACAGAUCUUGGCUGCCAUAUCAGAGCUCAAUGCUGGAAAGGGCAGAGAAAGGCAGAUUCUUCAAGAGACCAUCCAUAACUUCCAGUCAUCGUUUGGUAGCAGCGCCAGUAACACAAGACAACCAGGUGAACCACGCUCACCAACAGGUUGGAUGAGACACCAGGUUCGUUCCUCCAGCAAGAGGUAGCCAGGAGCCAUGACGCUCAUCAGGGAGUACACAAAAGGUACUUAGAAUAAGAGUGAAACGCUGUUGACCAAUAGCCAAGAAGAAAAUAAAAUUGAGCUUUUUGGACACAUCACUAAAGGAUGCCACAGCAAAUGUUGCCAAGUUGCCAUUAACGGACCCUGGUGAAUCAAAGUUUUUCUUUUAAGGAUCUUAAAGGGCUGUGGAGACCAGCACCCUGCUCCAGUUUUUAAUAACAUUCAGUUUCAGACCCUAAUGUGCAGGAUUAAGUUGUAGAAGAUGAGUGGGUUUUCACAAAGAGCAGAAAGCAAAGGAGAUGAUGGAUCUGAGAAAAUGUGCGAUACGAUAUGUAUUGUACAAAUUGUAAGUUUAGAAAUGUGUAUUUCCUAAUAUCAAUGUGACUGAGACUAGAGAGAAUGAGAAAAAGGAUGUUAGCCAAGCUCUUUUACAUCAUUCAGUAUCGUGGACUGCUGUCUUAAGUGUCUUGAAUUACUGGACCGCUGUGUAAACAGAUGAGUUUCAGUUAAGACUGUGCCGUUAUGAUGAUGCAAUAAGUAAAUGUUUUUACUGUCUAAGAUCCUGUUGGACUUGAGAUGAGAAAAUAUUGGCAAAAACAAUAUUUCAGAGCGUUUUACGAGCAGUAUAAAUUUAGUUAAAAAGAGGUACACUGAGCAAGACUUUCCACUGAGCCCGUUGGAUGUUUGUGCAUCUGGCUACAACAUUAAACAUUUGUUCCACACACAGACAGAAGAAGCACUCUAUCACCCCAAUGUAUAAGGUACUUAAGAUCAAUGUCUUAAAUCCAAAUGAUGUUCUGGAGAGCACAGAGGGGACCAAAGAUGACAUCAUAUUCUUUUAAGUGAUGGAGUGUGUUGGCGGAACAUGAAUAAACACACUUUGCUGUUUUUGAAAGGACUCUGUGGACAAUGAAAGACAAAACAGAAGAAUGUGUGUCUGAAGUGAAAUGCUGCUUAAUAAAACAAACUAUAUAUAACCUGUA